AUGUCAGCACGAGGAGCUAAUCACAAUCUCUCAAUUCUUCUUCUUUGUAUUCUUCUUGUUGUAGUUCUAUUGAUAUCCUAUUCUAUUGACAAUGUUGAAGGAGCAGUAAAGAAGAAGAAGAAAUCCAACAAGGCAGCAGAAACUGUCCUUAUUGUAGUCAAGAAAAAUAACCAAUUUCCAGAACUUGAGGUGAGGGAAUUGAAAAAGGGUCGUAAGAAACAAUCCGAUCCAAUUCAAGCAUCUUCCAACAAUUAUAAUCAUCAAGGCAAAGCUCAGAAUAUCCAACAACAACAAGGAGAAGCUGAAACACUCACAGAAGGAGAGGUAUUAGCAGAACAAGCAAACACUGCUGCCCAACCCCAACAACCAACUUCAUCUCUUCCCAACAAGACUAUCGCCACAAAGGCACAAUUAGAAGCCAACACAAAAACCAUGAUUAUUAUCUUUUCUAUUGUCGGUUGUAUUAUUCUUGGAUUGGCUUUAAUUGGUAUUAUUGCUGGAGUAGCCUUUGUGGUCAAACAGAAGAGAAAUUAUCCUUCUUCUUCGGGUGCUGCUGCUUCAUCUAAUUGUUGUUCCAAGUUGAAGAAUUUGUUGUGUUGCUGUUGUGCAAGGCGAGCAACCUCCCACAGUAAGAAACAUGAUGAUUAUGAGAAUGGUAGUAGUGGCGGGUCAAUAUUGUAUCGACAAGAUGAUGACAUGAAGAGGCAAUUGUUGGACAAGUUGCAAGAUUAUGAAUUGUAA